AUGCUACACGACGACACUGCUGUCGCUUCCACUUUGGCUGCCCCUCGCGGCAGCACCAGUGGUGUAGACAUCGCCGCCGUCACCCCGUCGGAGGACUUCUCGGGCCUCCCCAUCGAGUCGCUGCUCACCCACGCGAGUUGGCGGGCGCGGCGGGCGGGCUUCGAGCGGGUGCGGGAUGCCCCGGCGCCGCACAAGGCGCUCUUCCUCGACGAGGCGAAGCGACUCGCCGGCGAAAACAACGCCGCCGCGCAGGAGGCCCUCUUCGAGGCGCUCGCCGCUUUGGUGCCGGUCUGCGACGGCAGCGAACUCGAACUUCUCGCCGCCGCCCCGCUGCGGGCCGUUCUCGAGCGCGGCAUCACCGGUCGCCCCCGCGCCGCGCAGGCGAGUGCCGCCUUCGUCUCUGAGCUCGUCGAGGCCGGGCAGCAGAACGCCGUCUUCGACGCCCUCCUCCCGGUCUUCGCACACAAAACACCGAAGAAUCGUAUGGCCGCCGUGCAGCUAUGCAGUCAUAUUGUAGGGGAGUUCGGUGUUCAGGGAAUUCCCACAAAGGCUAUUCUUAAGGCAAUGCAACCACUCUUUAAUGAUGCGAACGCACAAGUGCGAAAGGAGGCACUCUCGUUGUGUUGUCAAUGCUAUAGGUUUAUUGGAGCAGGUAUUAAGAGUUUUCUCACAGAUCUUCGUGAUGUACAACUGCAGGAACUGGAAAAACUUUUUGAUGAUGUGAAGUUGGGAGAAAAACCACCAAAAAGUAUUCGAGGUCAAACACCUUCUACACCAUUAAAACCAGCAGCUCCUUUGGUAUCCUUAUCUGGUCAUGGUGGACCUUCAAAUGAUAUAGAUGAUGAAACUUAUGAAAUAUAUGAUGAAACACCUGUGUUAACGAAACUUCCACGUGAUUUUUACAGAGUUACAUUAGAUAAAAGUGCCAAAUGGCAGGAUCGUGUUGCUAUGGUGCAAGAUCAUCUCCUUCCACUUAUUAGCGCUCCAAAAAUUCGAGUAAAAGAUGAUUAUCAUGAACUUGUAAGUUUAGUUCGAGAAUUACUUUUGGACCCUCAAGCUCCUCUUAUGUUAAUGGGAUUUAAGUGUAUUCAAGAAUUAGCGAGAGCAUUACGAGGUUCAUUUGCUCCACAUGCACGUUCUUUAUUAAGUCCUUUAUUUGAUAAAAUGAAAGAUAAAAAAACAAGUGUAGUAGAACAUAUUACAACAACUCUUGAAACUCUUAUACGUUAUAAAUGUAUUACAUUGGAUCAAUGUCAAGAUGAAAUUGAACUUACUACUCAAAGUCGUGUUCCUAAUCAACGUUUAGCGUUAGUUCUUUGGCUUACACGACUUAUAGAUAAAUUGGAUCGAAAUCAAUUUAAUCGUCUUUUUCGUGCUCAAAAUAUGUUAUGUCGUCUUAUGAAUGAUGAAAAAGUUGAAAUUCGUGAAGCUAGUUUUACACUUGUAGCUAAAUUAAUGGCUAGUUUUGGAGAAGCAAAUUUUCAGAAUCUUCUUUCCUCUCUUGAUGAAAAACAACGUGCUAAACUUGCUGCAGCUAUUAAUACUACAGCAAAUGUUCUUUGUACUCCUACAGGCUCUCCAGCAAAGAAAACUCUUCGUACAGAAAGACGAGAAGGAUCAAUUUCUACAAAUACGAGAAGUCUAUCUAUUGGAGCUCCUAGUUGUAGUAAUUCAUCACUUAAUACAGGUAGAGGAAGACGUCCGGCUUCUGCUAUGCCACGUCGUUCUUCUCCUGAAAGUCGAAGACAUACUCCAUUAUCUCAUCAUCAUCAUCAUCAUAAUGUAACUUCAGAUGAUUCAGUAACACUUGAAUCUUCUUUACCAUCUAAGGAUGAAGCAUUUCGACGUAUAUUAGGAUUAAUGAAUGGUGAUGUAAACGUCAUUCCUUUACUUCGUUCAAAGGAGUGGUCUAAUCGAUAUAAUGGUGUAAUGAAACUACGAGCAAUGAUAGAUGAAUGGUCUAAUGAAGAGUGUACAAAAAAUUUAGAUUAUGUGGUUGUUUACCUUCGAGUAGAUCCAGGAUGGAGAGAAUCUAUAUUUCAAGUUUUACAAGCUAUGAUUGGAAUAUUUCAAGAACUUGUAACUCGGGCAACAUCUGUAAGUCCUGGAGCCAGCUAUGCGAUAAUAGCAGGUUGUACAUCUAGAUUUAACGAACCAAAAAAUAAAGUAGCUAUUCGUGAUUUAUUAACUUUCCUUGUAAAAAGUCAAGGAGUUUCUUUUGUAGUACGACAUAUGAUUGGGGUAUUAGCCACUCUUAAAUCUGCAAAACUUAUGCAAGAAUGUAAUGAGUAUAUAACUCAAAUACUUCAAUUAUUUCCAACAUCUCCUGUAGAUGCUAGAAGUAUAGUAGAGUAUUUAAAAUCCCAUUGUUUGGAUCAACAUUCUCCUCCUUUACGAACAUCUGCUAUAACUUUAUUAGCAGUUCUCAGACUUCGUACAGGUCCUGUUGUAGAUAGUUAUCUUGGAAAUAUUAGUCCAGCUAUACGUAGUGCAUAUGAAGAAGCUAUUGCACAUCAUAGUUCUAUGGUAGAAGAAGAACCUCGUCGUUCUAUUGGUUCAGAAAUACAAAGAGCUCCCUCACCAGUUUCUCCUUCACGUGUACAUAAAGUACAAGGUAAAUCUCCUUCAAAAGCAUUUAAUCAAAGUAGAGCUGUUGGAUUUUCUGCUUCUUUAAAUCCUAAUACAGAUGGAGUAGUAGUAGGAGGAGAUGGUUUAUCUCGAAAUCGUCAUUUAUCACAAUCUCUUGGAGAAAAUGAGGAUAAUUUAGGUAGAGUGGAUGUUUCUUCUCAAUUAUUACCUUUAGCGAAACAAAUAACAAAUUCAGUAGAUUGGCGUAUGCGAUUAGAUGCGGUAAAAAAAGUUGAAGAAAUUAUGUAUGCAAGUAACAAAAGGAUUGCAGCAAAUGGAACAGUAGAGAUACUACGAGCCCUUCGUACUCGUUUUGAUGAAGUUAACAAAAAUUUUGUAAUAGAUGUAUUACGAACUGUUGCUUUAGUAGUAGAAUCUGCUGGUCUUGCUGCAUGUCGUCCAGCUCUCAAAAGUAUUUUACAAGGUGUUUUGGGAAUGUUAGGUGAUCAAAAAGUAAACUUACGUGAAGAAGCAGCUAAUGUAGCAUAUCGUGCAUUAGAUUGUCUUGGUUUGGAAACUACACUUCAAUGUAUGUUAAAACCCCUUACAGCAGAAUCUCAUACUUGUAAUCAAAUAGCAUUGGAAUUAAUUGAACGUGGAUUUCAAUUAGAACCAGAUGCCAAUUUACCACGUCCAGUUAUUAAUUCUCUUGUACCUGCUGUUGUAAAACUUUGUCUGAGUCGUAUUCUUGAAGUUCGAUCUGCGGCAGAACGUGUUAUUGGUUAUUUCCUUCCUAUUGUUGGAGAUGAGGCUUUAUUACGUGCGGUGCAUACACUUCGGCCGGCGGAGCAGCAAAGUGUAAUGGCGCCUAUUGAACGUCAAUUACAAUUAUAUCUUCGUAAUGGUAAUGAGGAGGAUGUUCGGCAUGUCUCUACACUACUUACGAUAAGUUCAUCCUCUCAUCCACCGUUACUCCCUACACCACGUUCUCCACAUUCCCCACGAUCUUCACGAACUGGAAGUAAAGAUAUGAGUAUAAGUCAGAAAAAUAUGGAACUCCCACUUGUGCAGUCUAAUAAUAUUCAACAAUCACAACAACAAUCACAACAACCAUAUUCAGGAAUGGUAAGAACAUCAUUGGUAAAAGAAUCACAAACAUCAUCGACAUCAAUGUCGAUAUCAGGAUCAGGAGCAUUAUCUGCAAUGACUCAUGGAUCUGGACCUACUGGAACUACUAUAGUUCCUGCAGUACAAGCUGUUCGUUCAUCAAGACCUCAUAUACACAGUGAAGAAUUGUUAUCUAUACAAGAAAUUAUGGUAGGACUUCGUUCUGCUUCUUCUACAACGGCAUCUAAUGCAUGUAAAGAAUUUAUGGAGCGACUUCAAAGUGGAGAAGAUUGUGGAACCCCUGAAAUGAUUCAAGUUAUGGUAGAACGUCUUUAUGAAAAUACCAAAAAACUUGAUGUUGAACUUGCUCUUAAAUUAAUUGAAUGUCUUAAGACUAUAUUUGAAACCCCUCGUUGUGCCCAACGAUGUCAUAGUAGUCUUCUAUUUAGGAUGUUAGGUAUGAUAUUUGAUUGUCUCCUUUCAGAGCCUUUUUCAUUACAGGAAAAAGUUAUUAAGGCUCUUAAUAAUAUGACGCUAAAACUACUUGAAGGUUGUCCUGGUAAUGAUGUGUUUAGCGCUUUAAUGUCUCGUAUGACGAGGUAUUCCACAACGUAUAUUGAAACUGGUAAAAAGACCGAUUUAAAAUAUAUUCAAGUAACUGUGAAAUGUCUGAUGCGACUGGAUUUUAAUACCGUCUCUCCUGAUAAUGUGAUAUUAUGCUGUCAUGAAUAUUUACUUCAACAUCCUCCCAGUGCUUUCCGAAAUUUGGAUGAUCUUUCUAUUCGUACAGUCAAAACAGUAUUACAAGAUCUUUCCCUACGCUGUGGACAACCACUUCUUGGUAUUGCGGAACAACUGGUGGGAACACAAAAUCUUGUUACGCAUUUUAUUCGAGCUUGUCUUGAAAAUCGAGAACGAGCAUUACGAUCAAAUAAUGGGAAUGAUAGGGAAACAACAAUAGAUAGCAGUAGACAGCAAAGACAACAACCACAACCACAACAACCACAACAACAAACUCCUAAUCGUCGUAAGAGUGUUCAUGUGGAUCCACAUGCCCCACCCACAUCUGCGGGUUAUCCUUCUUCCCACGUUGUUGUCAUUCCUUCUGCGGUAACAGAAAAAUCCGUCGCAACUAUAUUUAACCGUAUUCGUAAUCAUUUGACAUCUAAUCAAGGUAUUGAGGAGUUAUAUACAUACCUGAAACAACAUCCUAGAAGUGCUGAAUUUGAUCAACAAUUUCAACGAUGCUCAGAGGCAUUUCGUUCGUAUAUUAAAAGAAAGAUGGAACGUCAAAUGGCAGAAGAUGUCGCAAAACCUGAAGGAUUUGUGCUUCCUGAAAUUCUGCGGUUAACGCAGUAA